AAUAAUAAUUAAGCUUAUUGGGCAUUAUAUUGUGUCAGGCGCACCAUUCCAAGUCAUACGAAUAAUUCAUUGAAUUCUUUUAGGAAAUCCAUACUGUUAUUAUUAUGAUUUUACAGAUGAGGAUGCUCAGAGGGGUUAGGUAACUUGUGCAUGGUCACACGGCUGGUACUUGUUAGAGUUGGACUCUACUAACUGGUGUUUUCUGGGGGGGAGUUUACAGGGUGAUUCUACAGAAUCCUUCUCCAAUCUUCUUGGAUCCCAUGGCCUCAUUGAGGGGUGCUACAGAUGAAAAUCUUGCCUAAAAGAGUGGCGACUUAAUAAGGUUGGGUAUAACCACAGCUGCCUUGGAGACAGGAGGGAGGAUGAAGGGAAAAAUGAAUUACAUGUGGCCAGAACUGGAAAGGUAUUCAAAGACAAGCAAAUCCAUUCUUUAUUGUUUAAUCCAGGUCGCCUAGCAAGUUAGUGGGGGAGCCAGGAGCUGACCUGGGGCUUCUGGGUCUGCGCGGUGUGGGUGAGAUCUCAUUUCUUGAUUUUAUGCAUCUUUGUCCUUUUAUCCCUCACCAUCUAAAUGGAACCUCCUCUUGUUUCGCAGAUGAUUUGUCCAUACUGCCUGCUAUCUUUUGAAGAAAAACGGCCAUUUUAAUGCCUUCCGAAAGAAUAGUAUAAGCACUCUGAGGAUGAGAACCUUGUUAUUUGCUUCUCUAACAGCCUUCACUGCAUCCCGCGCGAUGCUGGACACACGGAAAUAUCCCAGUAAACAUUUACGGGGCCAGAAUGAACUUACUGUCCUUGUGUGAAGAGGAGGACCAAACUGGACAACUGCUUCAGUCCUGAAGUUUCUGGGAUAUAUUCAUUCUUUUUCUAAAGCUUUUGUCCUAAAAAAAUCUUGUGCUAUAUGGAGUAGAGUUAUCCCUUCCUCUUCUUGGUCCCUCUAGCUUGGGUGCAGCCCAUGGCACUGGAAAAAUGAGUUUAAGGUAAAAAUAAAAUUCUUGUUCCCUUACUGUAAUGCCUGCAGCAUGAAGGCAAUUCACAGCAACAUAAAAUUUUCUGGUCUUUAAGAUCUCAUUAUGUAAGUAAAGGAGGGAAAGGAGGAAAACAGAAUGCUUACAAAUUCCCGGGGGUAUGUGUGACCUCAUCAUUUAUUGUAUGUUAGCCAACUGCCCAAGGAGCACAGUUCAGAUUCCUUUUGGGGGAGGCACUGAAAAAUCCCCUGAUAAUCCAAAUUCUCCAGAUCUUUUAGGCCUUGGGAGAGGGAUGGAGGACCAGAUGAAGGAAGUGGUCCUAGGUCCAAGUUAUGUUUCCAAUUAGAGAAAUUCUGAGAUGGACUCUAUUUAUCCAGAUUCCUAGAUGGAGACUCUGGUCUUGGGGAGUGUCGAAGUUCCAUUUAACAGGCCCCGGCAGGAUUUGAGGGAAUUGAGCGGAUGAGGAUGGGUAGUUUGGGGAGAGGGUGAAGUGGGUUGGAUAUACCUUGGCAUGUGUAUUCCAAAGGUACCUAUGGGAUAUGUACGUAUUGGGAUGUGCAAACAACAGGGCAAAAAAAACAGGAGUGCUGUAGUCCAUCAAGCACUUCCAUAUCGAAUGGGCUUUCCAGUCCUAUAGGCAUUUUACAGACCGCAGGCUCUCCACUGUCAGCAGGGCAGAGCCUUCCUCGGGCCUCUGCCAGCCUCUAGGAUGCUUUGGGGAGAAUUUGAAGGACACCCAGCUUGGGGAGUGAAGCACAUGAUGGAUUUCAGGUCACACCUGUCCCUUAGGUGGGACACAGUGUGUUGGGGAUCCUGCAGCUCAGAGAAGACCUACUUGGGGGCAGGCUGGCCAUGGGCUCAUGUACGAUCUGGGAUCCAGCCUUUUCCCCUGUAAAAGGUGAAAUUGUAUUACAUCUCCCCCAGUUCCAUUCCAGAUUGGACGCCUCAUGCAUCCUUGAUUCCAGGGACAACUUCUCACCCAAAUUGAGAGCUUCCCUCAUUUUCAGCUACUUCUCACCUUGGAGACACAGCUGGAGAGAUACUGGUUGGAGGUGAAACGGGGAAAGGAUUCUGGGGAAGCCUGGGUGUGCAAUGGUUUGGUCCACAGAACCCUGGACAAGGAGCACGUAUUUUUCUGGCUUAACUUUUUUGAGCCUCAAUUUCCAUCUCUGAAAAAUGGGAAUGGUACAGCCUAAUAGAGAGAGCAAUGUUGGUAUUAAUUUUGCCAGGUGAAAUUGCCAGGUACAGAGUGGGUGCUCCAUAAGCGUUUGCGGACCCGAAGAGGGUUUGGUUGGGAAGGUUCUAAAGAUUGUAUGUGCGGGGACCCAGGCGCAAGAUCUGGCUUGCAGGGCAUGUCGCUUCUAGGACCCCCAGAGGAACUCAAACCCCAGCUCUGCGGCCACUGACGCCUCCUCCGCCCCGGACCGCCGAGGGUUAAAGAGAAAGCCCCACGCCCCCUUUGACGGCACAGAGCCCACCUCGCAGAAUUUGAAAAGGCAGCCCUGGAGAGGCGUGGGCGCCCCCCAGACACUUCCAGCUCGGACCCGGGCUCUGCUCGCUCGCCGGCUCGCUUGCUCUGCUCCGGGCGGGGCCGCGGGUUCGGUCCGGCCGCCGGUGCGCUCCCGACCGUCCUACCGCCCGGGACUCCGGGCCCCCGCGGGCGGCCGCGCAAGAUGAAGCUGGCUCUCCUCUUGCCCUGGGCGUGCUGCUGCCUCUGCGGGUCGGCGCUGGCCACCGGCUUCCUCUACCCCUUCCCGGCCGCAGCCCUGCAGCAGCACGGCUACCCCGAGCCGGGCGCCGGCUCCCCCGGCAGCGGCUACGGGGGCCGCCGGCACUGGUGCCAUCACACGGUGACACGGACGGUGUCCUGCCAGGUGCAGAACGGCUCGGAGACAGUGGUCCAGCGUGUGUACCAGAGCUGCCGGUGGCCCGGGCCCUGUGCCAACCUUGUGAGUUACAGGACUCUGAUCAGACCCACAUACAGAGUGUCCUACCGAACGGUGACGGCGCUGGAGUGGAGGUGCUGCCCUGGCUUUACCGGGAGCAACUGUGAUGAGGAAUGCAUGAACUGUACCCGGCUCAGCGACAUGAGUGAGCGACUGAUCACGCUGGAGGCCAAGGUUCUCCUACUGGAAGCAGCAGAGCGACCCUCAAGCCCAGACAAUGAUCUGCCAGCACCCCAGAGCACCCCACCACCCUGGAAUGAAGACUUCCUCCCUGAUGCUAUCCCUCUGGCACACCCGGGGCCCCGAAGAAGGCCCACAGGCCCGGCUGGGCCCCCGGGGCAGACGGGACCACCAGGGCCUGCAGGGCCCCCAGGCUCCAAAGGUGACCGGGGCCAGGCAGGAGAGAAAGGCCCAGCAGGACCUCCCGGCCUCUUGGGGCCGCCAGGGCCCCGUGGGCUUCCUGGAGAGAUGGGGCGCCCCGGACCCCCUGGCCCUCCUGGCCCAGCAGGCAGUCCGGGCCUUCCUCCAAAUGGCCCCCAAGGCGUCCUCUACUCCCUACAGCCACCUACCGACAAGGACAAUGGAGACUCACAGCUGGCUUCUGCUGUGGACACAGUGCUGGCGGGGGUCCCAGGGCCCCGGGGUCCCCCUGGCCCUCCAGGUCCCCCUGGACCACAUGGUCCCCCAGGACCUCCAGGUGCACCUGGAUCCCAGGGCCUGGCUGGAGAGCGGGGCAUGAUGGGGCCAUCUGGUGAACCUGGCGGGAAGGGAGAAGAAGAAGAGAAAGCUGCUGCAGAGGGCGAGGGGGUGCAGCAGCUGCGGGAGGCCCUGAAGAUCCUGGCAGAAAGAGUCCUCAUCCUGGAGCACAUGAUUGGGAUCCACGAUCCCCUGGCGUCCCCCGAGGGGGGCUCCGGCCAGGAUGCUGCCCUGAGAGCCAACCUCAAGAUGAAGCGUGGCGGCGCCCCCCCCGAUGGCUCCCUCACUGCCCUGCUUGGCCCCAGUCCUGUGCAGAAGAGCACUGGCCAGCCCAGCAGCCGGAAGUAAGGGCCCAGCUCUCCAGGACAAGCCCGGCCCCACCAGAGACCCAGCCAGCCCUGAAGCCUGUGCUGCCACUGCUUCCGGAAGGCACCCCUAGAGGGACUGGGCCCCAGGCAUAGACAAUCAUGAGCGACAUUUGCUCCCAGGACUUGGGGGCCUUGGGGGCAGAUGGCACCUCCAGGGGCAGGGACAGGGGCCCUCCCCUUGUCCCUGCCCUCCCCCACCCCCACUCCCUGCAGGAGGCAGUCUAAGUGGGCUGGACGGGGUGCGAGAAUAAUCAUAACACACAUCAUUUGCUGAGUCCCUGCAAUGCCGGGGCCUGUCCAGGGAGUUCUCCCCACAUUGUCUCAUUUAACCCUUAGGAGGUAGGCUAGUUAUCCCCACUUUACAUGGGGAACAGAGGCUUGGAGAGGAUAAAUAACCUGCAAGACCACCGGACCGUGGAGGGCUGGGGCAGGAUUUGAACCCAAGCCUUUCAGUUCCUUAACUCUUUACCCAACCAUCUUCCCGUCUUUACAGGAAACUCCGUAAGGGUGGGCACAGGGCUGCGGGGAGGCGGGACCGGCCAGCAGGAAGGAGGGCAGGGCCCUGGGCCUUCUUCCUUGACUCCCCUCUCCUGGCUUGUGGCCAGGGAGACCCCUAGGAAACUCAUGACAGUCACAUGGACCUGGGGACUGAGAGAGGAGCAUUGCGGUGUGAAGGUCCUCAUACCAAGUUGGCACAGCCUACCACUGCCUCCCAAACUCUCUGAGUCCGCCCACCCCCAUCGGGUCUCCCCACCCCUGAGCCGGGAGGAGGCUGUGUGCACCCUCAAGGGCCCGUCACGUGCAGCCCUGCCCUCUCGGGGAAUCUGUGAGGUUGACCCCUUCUGUGUCACAUGGCAAGUCUAAUGUCUCUUUGACGAAGGAGAAAAAGAGGCUGCCAGAGUCCCAGGCUCUGUUCCGGAGAGAUGCCGCCACCCUCAAGGCUGUGGGCCCAGGCAGCUCUACAAUAGACCCCAUGUCCCCAUGCCCCAGAGCCACUCACGGUCUCUCAGGCCACGGGUCCUCUGUGAUCCGGACCACCCUGGUGCUCCUCUCUCGCUGGGCCAGGACCCGAACUCAGCGAGGACCACAAACUCAGAGAUUCACAGGUGCUGGCACCACCCCGGGCACGUCGCCCCUGGCAGCAGGAGCAACCCAGCCCCAGCGCUCCUGUGGUCCUGGGAGGCAGUGGCCGGUGCCUGCGGGCCCUGGUAACCUUUCCCUGCCCUCAAGGCCCUGACGCCCCUUGUGAAGCCGGCUGUCCCGGGGCCAAGGUGUGGCCUCCCGCAGGCCUGCCUCAUGGAGGGGCAGCCCGAGGCGGGCAGGAACUCUGUAAUACUCUGAUAAUA